UAAGCAAUAUUUCAUAUUGACGAGAACUGAAGAAGGACAUGAAAAGUCAGUCAAGUCAGUUUAGACUUGAAUUUCUCUCUACAGAACUCAUGUACACCACAAGUACUUAGUGACAUAAGAACAGCCAAUGUUCACAACCGACCUAGUAUCUAAAUGUUGUGCAGAGUUCAAGAAACCCAGAAGGGGAAUUGGAAAAAGGUGAAUGGUAAAUGGAAGAAUUUGCCUGAAACAGAAAAUCAAAAUCAAAGUUUGGAUAGAAAUAACGAUAAAGUGGACUUUGACAAUAUUCUGGAACAAUAUGGAGGAUCCAAAAAAAAGAAACGAAAGAAAACUCAGAAGAUCUUAGAAAUUGAAUAUAUUGAUCCUUCCUUCAUUCAAAAGUAUCAUUCACAUGAAGAUAUGAUCGAUGCUUUGGAUUUACUAUCUCAAAAAUAUCCAUCAAUCGUUAAAAGGUACAGCAUUGGUCGGAGUGAAGAAGAAAGGGAACUAGCGGUAAUUCAGAUUUCAGCAACGGGUUCAGUCAAAGGAAAAAGGCCACUUCUAGUUCCGAUGGUAAAAUAUGUUGCCAACAUACACGGGGAUGAAACUGUAGGGAAAGAGCUUCUGAUUGGAUUAGCAAGAUACCUAGCAGAAGGCUAUGGUCAGAAUUUGAGAAUUACCAAUCUGCUAAAUACGACAGAUAUUCAUCUUGUUCCAUCCCUGAAUCCAGAUGGAAACUUCUACGAAUCAAGGCAUAAUAUAAAUGACGAAGAUUUGAAUAGAGAUUUUCCAGGGUGGAGAGAUUUGGGGAAGACGAGAUGGGAAUUGUUACAAAACCGACAAAAAGAAUCUGCAUCCGUCAUCAGAUGGGUCUUAGAUAAUCCAUUCGUUCUCAGUUUAAGCUUUCACGAAGGACGGGUACUUGUAAAUUAUCCUUGGGAUGACAGCCCGGCUGCAGUGGAAGGUGAAAAGGCCUGUUGUCCUGAUGAUGCUGUCUUCAGUAAGCUGUCCCAGUUAUACGCAAAUAACCAUCCAUUUAUGUGGACAGGAAAGUGCCUCUGUCAUUCAGAUACAUUUGAUCAAGGAAUAAGUAACGGAGCAGAAUGGUAUCUAGUGGAUAACGGAAUGCAAGAUUUUAAUUAUCUAUUUUCCAACUGUCUGGAGAUCACUGUGGAGCUUUCUUGUUGGAAGAAACCUGAAGAGCAUAUUCUGAACACAGAGUGGGAAAAUAAUGUAGACAGUCUCCUAGUUUUACUUGAAUCCGCCUGUAGUGGCGUAAAAGGAAUUGUCAGUGGAGAAGAUGGAUCAGCUAUGCAUGGAGUGUCUGUUUCUGUCGGUAAAGAAAAAGAUGUCAUUACUUCACGUAACGGCGAAUACUGGAAAAUUUUGACUCCAGGAAGAUACCAAAUUUAUGCAUUUCAUGAAAACCAAUAUGGACGUGUUGAAAGCGUUCUACAUGUAAUAAAUGUUUUCGACAGCAUAGGAAAGAGUGUUCGCUGUGAUUUGAUGAUGCAUCUUUGUGCAAAACAGACAUUUCUUGUAAAUACAGUGAAGGUUGGUUUUUUCAUUGAUGAUAUGAAAUUCAAGGAUGAAGUUUUAACUCUAUUUCAUGAUACUUCACUUAUUUCUUUUAAUGUAGUGAAAGAGGAGUGCAAAAACUUAAGCGACAAUUCUCGGCAUAUUGUUUACAGCGUAGAGUUUACACUUUUACCUGAGCCUUUGUUUGAGUUCUUUAAAGAGCGUUGGGGUGAACCAUUUGUUAGGCGACCUUUAUCUGAUGUGGAGUCAAAGAAGUUAAAUAGAAGAAUACACAUAUAUGCAUCAGAAAAGUGGUGUGGACGGAAAGAAGACUGGAGUAUAAAACUGAAAGAAAGUAUUUAAUGUAUCUAUUUUUGUUUACAUUAUUAUAAUAUUUA